AAGACGCAUGAGAUACCUGGACGUCAGCGUGACUUCAGCACAAGUUUGGUGAACAAUGAUGAAUGACGAGAUCGGACGUCGAUAGAAUUGUUUUUUUUUUUGCAACGAGCUUCUUAUAACCGUGGGAGUUUAAGCCUGAAGAAACACUUCAGUGACACUUCAGGGGUGUCAGAUGACGGGCGUGGUACAGACUAACAGUAGGCCAGAUCACCGUGUUCAUAAGUCAUAUCACAUGUUGAAUGUGAUAACUCAACGUGUUACAUAUUGCUAGUUUGUUGUUGUUUUACAGCAUAUUGUAAAGCUAAAUAUAUGCUCGAAUCUCCUCCAACCACUUGUAUUCAUAGUAUUUAUGAAUUAUAAUUACUUGAUUAGAAAAAAAUAUAGAACAAAUUAUGAAUACAUUUCUUAAAGAAAACCUUGGAAACGCUACAAAUUGAAAGGCAAAAUAAUUGUAAACAUCAUACUAUUGUAUCAUAGUAAGAUAUUUACUUUACAAACGGAAACCAAACAACUUCCAUCAGUAAUACCGGGUGACUCGAGCUCAAAAGUAAAUAAGCAAAUAAUAUAAUAAUAAUAUAAUAAGAAGAAAUGCUUUUUAAUUAACGCUUAAUGGUUGCAAUCGCGCACCCGUGUUCUCGAGGUGGUCACUGCUUCUAUUUUGAAAGGGUCAACCGGAAGUGGACAUUCACAUCUACGCAGAGUGUCAUUCGGAGCAGCUGAGCAUCGGCAGUCUCUGCUGCUGUCCUGUCCCAUCACCAGUUCACACCCUACGGUGCAGCAGCGCACCGCUCCACCGGCACCAGCAGCACCAUGACACCCAGGUUUAAACCCGCAAUCUGAGAACCACAGGACUGCGCCAACGCUACACCUCCAGCACGCACGCGCACGCAGGGAAGCGAAUAUUGCAGCGACGAACGGAACUGAACGCCGACGGAGGCGAACUCCACUGCGCCGAAACGCGUCCCACUCGGACACAGUACUCCGUGCGAGUCAGCUCACGGCAGAAACAUGUCAACGUCAGGAAAAGAGGCCAACAGCGCGCAUUAUGCCAACUAUGUGGGACCGUACCGUUUGGAAAAGACGCUGGGCAAAGGACAGACAGGUCUGGUGAAGCUCGGCGUCCACUGCGUCACCUGUCAGAAAGUGGCCAUCAAGAUUGUCAACAGAGAAAAGCUCAGCGAGUCUGUGCUCAUGAAGGUGGAGCGAGAGAUCGCCAUCCUCAAACUCAUAGAACAUCCCCACGUUUUAAAGCUGCACGACGUCUAUGAAAACAAGAAAUAUCUAUACCUGGUGCUAGAGCAUGUUUCUGGAGGUGAGCUCUUCGACUACCUGGUGAAGAAGGGCAGGUUAACGCCAAAAGAAGCCAGAAAGUUCUUCAGACAGAUCAUCUCAGCUCUGGACUUCUGCCACAGCCACUCCAUAUGUCACAGAGACUUAAAGCCAGAGAACUUGUUGUUAGAUGAGAAGAACAACAUCAGGAUAGCAGACUUUGGCAUGGCGUCUCUGCAGGUCGGGGACAAUCUGCUGGAGACCAGCUGUGGAUCGCCGCACUACGCCUGUCCAGAGGUCAUCAGGGGAGAAAAGUACGAUGGAAGAAAAGCCGACGCCUGGAGCUGUGGUGUCAUCCUGUUUGCACUUUUAGUGGGCGCUCUGCCGUUUGAUGAUGACAACCUGAGGAAUCUCCUGGAGAAGGUGAAGCUGGGAGUGUUCCACAUGCCGCACUUCAUUCCACCAGACUGUCAGAACCUUCUGCGUGGCAUGAUUGAAGUGGACGCCGGCAAGAGGCUCACUCUGGAGCAGAUUCAGAAGCACACGUGGUACCUCGCUGGAAAGAAUGAGCCUGAGCCUGAGCAGCCCGUCCCCAGGAAGGUGGCCAUCAGGAUGCUGGCUGCCACUGAAGAGAUCGACCCUGACGUUCUGGAGAGCAUGCACUCUCUGGGCUGCUUCAGAGACAAAGACAAACUGACCAAAGAUCUGCUUUCGGAGGAUGACAACCAGGAAAAGAUGAUCUACUUCCUGCUUCUGGAUCGUAAAGAGCGAUAUCCCAGUCAUGAGGACCAGAACCUGCCGCCACGAAACGAGAUCGCAGAUCCGCCCAGGAAGCGCGUGGACUCACCCAUGCUGAGUCGUCACGGCAAACGGAGACCGGAGAGGAAGUCCAUGGAGGUGCUGAGUGUCACAGAGGGCGGGUCUCCUGUGCCGGUACGGCGGGCCAUAGACAUGGCCACACAUGGACAGAGCAAAUCUGUUUUCAGUAAAAGCUUGGAUAUCACAAACACUAACUGCAGCAAGGAAGAAAGGUAUUGGUUUUGCUUUAAUUCUGUUUAAUUCCUUGGUUUGAAUGUACAGUCACGUCCUUUAGUUUUUGAACACUAUUUGCUUUUUGCUACAUUUUCUCACUUGUCUUUGUCUUUAAGUCGUGCAUGUUGUUUCCAAUUAUUUACCAGCUUUGUUAGAAAUAGCUCUGUUUCAUAAAGAAGGCAUUAAUGUCAGAGAACAUAAACACUAAGCCUCACUAAUUAGACGAUCUGUCCAGGAGUCUUCCCUUCUUUUACACACUUUUCAUGCUAAAUA